AUGUAUGGUUUCGCACGCGAGCUGUUCCUUCACUCUGUUGACGAUGAAUUCAUAUGCAGUAUAUGGUAGGUAUAUACAGAGGAUCAUACUUCAUAGUUUAUUUUCCAUUGCAUUUACACCAGUUUAGUUUAUUAGUUAAAGUGGUUUUUAACGUCGGUUUUGCCACUAGGUGUGCUCGAUUAAACACUGGUUCUUUGUGUCGUGUACUAGUCACGCCGCAACGAUUCAUCCUCCUCAGAUAAUAAUAUUUAGUAUAUACACACUCAGUGAUCUUGGUGAUUUAAGCAAUCUGAUUGGUUCGCUAUCUCGGACUAUUCAACAAUAUUCACCUCCUAGCGAGUGGAUAAUGUGUGAGCUCGGUGUUUUUCCCGUUUUUUUUAGAGAACGAUCUUUUAAAAGUCGACAAAAUCCUAGGGCUGACUUUUUUUAAGGCAAGAAAAGACUUGGAAGGAUUCAAUACGGCGUUUUUCAAUUUACUGUAGCAGGAGUUUUGUGCUCGAUGGAUUGUUUACAACUCCCGUGUAUUCGCGUAGAAGAAGCCGUUUCGUGAACUCAGCGUUUUCUAAGAAGAAAAUUUUGGCUCAAAAAUCGAAGUUUAUUUAUGACAAACAAAUUUAAAAGGAAAUGUUUGCAGAAAUUCUACAUUUCAAGUAAACAGGAAAAAGAAUGAUACAGGAAGACGACCUCUUACCUCGAGCAACCGAGCCGCCAUUUUUGUCAGCACUUCAUGCGAAGAACGACACAACAUGCCCUUUUGGCUAUAAACUUGGCGAGUCAACAGAAAACAACACAGCUCUACUUUUUUCUCAGGUAAGGAAACAGUUCAAACUUUUAGCGAUUCCAUUGAAGCCAUUACGCUGUUGUUUGCGAAAUGAGUAAACUUGUGAAUUGCCAUGUUUGAAAAUUCUGCAAAGAUCUAUUUUUAAACUUACGCGUGAUUUGAUCUGUCAAUCAAAUCCUACUUUUGAAUGGUUUCCUUUCUGAUUUUGUUGAGAUCACUUCGUGUGUAUAUACUAAAACAAUUAUUCUUCUCAAUCUCGGUGAAUAGUGGCUUUGGGAAUAUUUACCUCGCCGCUUUCGCGGCUCGGUAAAUAUUUUGCCACUAUUCACCUCGAUUUCAAAGAAUAAUUGUUAAAUAGAUUUAGCCAGGGCUAAAAGCGAGGCUCCCAUUAGUAAAUUUAUAAUUUAAAUUAAACAAUAAACUUGUAUUCGAAUUCCACAAUUCAGUUAACUUUAGAGCACAUUUAUGUGACUUUUGAGGGAAAGGCUACCUGAUUUUAGAGAAAAAUAAUUUGCAAACAGCCCAAGAGUGAACCAAAUCUUACAUCGAGUUGAUAGCCUCAUAUAUGUACACUCAAAAACUGGUAAUCAUCUUUUAUCACAUUUAAGAGCCGUAAUGGCUAUUGAUCACCGUAGAUCAAUUAGGCUUAGAAAAAAAACCAGGCCAACGUUUUGGAGUUCGACAAGUUUACUUUGCAAAAUCUUGCCAACAAAUCUGGGUGCGUGUAAACCAACCUUUUAUACCAUGGACAGAAAGCAGUAUUUCACAAUACAAAUUGCUCUCAUUCAAUAUUCAUAAACUGUUAAAAAAAUUUUCAAAAAUCACCUAUACGGCCAUCCGGUUCUCACUUUUGUAGUGCGAGCUGUAGCGAGUGUUUGAAUGAACAUUAACAGAGUUACGCUCCAAGAUAAUAAAGAAUUUAUCAUGUUUAUUUUUUAUUUGAUGGUUUAACGCGCGGCAUUUUGAGAACUCCUGCAAGCGAUGUUCACUGAACGACUGAAAACAAUCGGCAUAGCGAUUAAAAUUGCAAGAGAGACUACUAACAAUCAAUAAAAGAAAUAUAAUUCGGUGAAACAUAAACAGAGACAACAAUUUUCAUUCAGGAAGACAAGUAUUAAAGUGUCCCUAAAUAUCCUGAAUCUUCAAGCUUCAAGCUUAAGUUUGCUGAAGUUUAUGUUUUAAGCCAGCUUCCCGGUGUUUGUUUUUCAAAAGACGAACUCGAGGCAAGAAAAUCGCUCAAAGCUUUCUUUUCCGACUAGAAUUAUAACUAAAGAUUCUUUGGAACAUUUUCUUUCUAUUUGCGGUGAGAAACUGUCUAAAGGCUUUUUAAAGUUCUGUAAGAUUAUAUCAAACCAGAUACUCGGUGAGAUCGUUGUCUCAAAUCUUACAAACGCGCAUAAACUAAAUUCCCGCAUAAACUACGCUCCACUUCAUUAAAUUAGAUACAAAAAACAAACAUGAAAUACAAUAAUUUCUCUGGCUUACCAUUCGAGAUGCAGCUCCUGAAAGUUAUCAGGUUAAGCCAGUAUCGCUUCAGACUUUGCAAUCCUCUUACGCAUCAAGCAAGGUGAAAACGAAAACGAUGCCAUCCGAAAUCGGAUUUCCGACUUUGACAAGCGACGUUUUCUCAACCAAAACCCAAUAAACAAACUAGCCAUGAGUAACAGAAGACUCCUGAUAGCAGCCGAAUUUCAUUUUGUACAUCCAGUGGAAAAAAGACAGUUAAAAACAUCACAAGUUGACACAAAACUCUGUCAGCUUCAGCUGUUAAAGUAAACAAGAUUCAAGAUGCUGCAUAAAUUUUGCGCAUGAACUCACCUGUCAAAUUUUGACCAAUCAGAGCAUAAAAAUUGGACGUAGAGCGUGACCAACGCGUGACCAUUGUGAGAAAAAACAAAAGCAACUGUCUUCCCUGCCUGUAACAGCUGGCUGAAUUUUCACGUCCGAGGUCAGUUUGCAAUCAAAGUUUUAAUUGUGCAGCACAUAAACACAACAUAUUUCAUAUGAAUUAAGAAAAAAAAUUGAACUUGAGCCUGCGAUCACUUGAAAACUAGUUUACUUGUCAGCGGAUAACUUCAAAAAUACUUGACCUCGACGGGUCGACACCUGAGCCCGCGAUACGGUCAAGUGAUACUAGUCAGCGGGUACUCUGUUUUGACAGCUGUCAAUUGAUCAAAACAUUGAUGUCCAAUAUGUGUGCAUUAUCAGUUUUCCUGUGCUCCCAAACUAGUAAAAGUAUGAGAUUGAACGUUGUUCGCGAUCUAGUAAGACAGUUAACUGGUCAGCGGACAGCUUCCAAAUAAAUCACGUCACCUCGAUGAGUUGACACAUGAGCCCGCGAUAUGGUCAUGGGAUACUGGUCAGUGGCUAUCCUGUUUGGACAGCUGUCAAUCAACCAUAUUGUUAAUGUCCUAUAUUAAAGAUGUGGACUUGCCAAGACACGCCUGAGACACCCCUCCCUUCCUUUUGAUAGUCUCCCCUACCCCACCCAUACAAUCUGUAGACGCGUACGUACGUACGCUCGGUCAAUCACGUGACAACCAAACGAAAAGAGGUUGACCAUAUUCCAUGGUAAGGGGCUCUGUCCCACGCGCGCUUCGCGCGCGCGGGAGCCCCGCUAAAAACAACUACACAAAGAUGGGGUGAUAUGGCGACAGCGACAGAGAAAAACCCAAAUACAAUAGUAGAAUACCGACUGUGAAAUACAAAUACUUGUAUUCUGGGUAGAAUGUAUUUGACUGUGAAAUAUAUCUUUAAGUACUUGAGAGGGUUCAAUUUAUAUAUUUCGUUUAAUAUUUUGACGCAUGUGCCUUAAUAUAUUCAUUGUUCAGCCAUGGAGUUUUCAAGCAGCCCAUGACCUGCCAAGAUGGCCAUUCAUUUUGCAAAGACUGCAUUACACAGUGGCAGCGAGUCAACACCCAUUGCCCUGUGGACAGGUCCACCCUUGAUCGACCGUUGGUUAGAAAUCUCGCUGUGGAAGGUUCUAUUGGUCGAAAGCUGAUGAAAUGCCCAUCAACAGUCUCUCUUCCAGGAGGAUGCAGCUGGACAGGCUUAGCAUCUGCUGUAGAGCAACAUCUCCCUUCCUGCGAUAUGAAUGUUGUGGAAUGCAAAUUUAAAGUCAGGGGCUGUAUUUUUCGGGCAUAUCAGCGUGAGAUUGCUCAGCACCUCCUUGUUUGCCCCCAUAGGACAGUUAGUUGCCUGUCCUGUGCUCGAGACAUCCCACACAGUGAUCUGUCAGCCCAUGAUGAAGAGUGCAUUGGCAAACUUGUAUCUUGUCCAAAUGACUGUGGCGUUGAAGUUGCGAGGUACAUUUGCAUUGUUCAUUCAUUGUUUUCGGAUAAGGUAACCCUGUAUAUCAUAAGUUAAGGGUGACGUGAAAUAGUUUGUGGUUGUUGGCCCCAGAAGAGAUUACAAAAAGUAGUAAUUAGUACCAGUGCCUGCUUGCUGCACAGGCUAGUACCCCUCCCUCUUUCUUAAUGUAUUGAAAGAAAUAUUUUUCAUGUCUGAUCAAGAACUAGAAUAUUCAUUACAAAUUUCUAGAAAACAAUGUGCUUUUUGUUGUGAUUCUCAACUAGGUGCAAGAUGUUGUCACACUUGGCAUUUUCAUGUAACAAGGAGGGCCGGCCAUGUCCACUGUACACUGUAGGAUGCACAAAGGUUCACUCUUUAGCAGAGUCAGAUCCUGGAGAACAUGUUAAAUUGCUGCUAACCGCUCGUCUAUCAGGAGCAUACGCUGUAAGUAACUUUUUUUCUAUAGUUAAAUGUGAAGUUUAAUACUAACUCUUGAAGCAUGUUCUUUCUUCUAGAAUAUACUUACAAAUCUCAAGAAUUGCCAUACUAUAACUAUUUCUUAUUUUUAGAUGUUGUAUAAUCUUUGGGUGUGUGUAAUGUAGUUUGUUAUAUUUAUAAUUAUUUUUAUUAUUUUAUUGUUAAGAAGAGAGUUUUUGGAGUUUCCAUUCACUCCAAUUAUCUAGGUAUUUAGUCAUUCAUCUAUUUCAUUCUUUAAAGUUUAUUUUCCUUUUUUUCUAAUGCAUGUUGUGCACCUUUUUUGUCUUUUUAGGCUUCUGAUGCAGGCUUAAAUGGUAUUUCCUUUGGUGGGUCAUGGAAAAUAGAAGGCGAUGUGGUAUUGCCCAUUUGUAGCCCAUUGUUUGAAGGUCAUGCUGCUGUGGUCAGAAUGGAAAUUUUAAAAGAGAGUGGUAUUUCCUGCAAGUUUCAGCUGGAGUCAAAGUUGCAGCUGCCCAGUUUUGCCAUUGAUUUAAGGUGGGUCAGUAGCCUUGAAAUCUUAUCGCUUUCU